CUUCCUUCCCUCCCUCCCUCCCUGUCCCCUCCUUCUCCUCCCGCUCCCCGGGGCCCCCAGCCCGGCCGGGCGCUGACAGCAGGGGCGGGGGGGUCCCUGCUGCCGCCGCCUCGGUGUCUCCCACAGGCUUCGGCUGGGGUCGCGGAGCCCCAGGCGCGGCCAUGGACCGGCCCCUGGCGUCGUCGGCGGAGGCGGAGGAGGAACUGGAGUGGCAAGUGGCGAGUCGGCGCAGGAAGGCCUGGGCCAAGUGCCGCGGCUCCUGGCAGGCUUCGGAGACGGAGGAUCUGUCCACAGAAGCAACGACGCAGGACGAGGACGAGGACGACGAGGAGGACCUCCCUGGUGCGAAGCUGCCGGCGGUCGCGGGGAGAGGAAACGUGCCCAACGAGAAGAUCGCGAUAUGGCUCAAGGACUGCCGUACACCUUUGGGAGCCUCACUGGAUGACCAAAGCAGUAGUACACUCAAGGGUGUGCUUGUGAGAAAUGGAGGAAGUUUUGAAGAUGAUUUGUCGUUGGGAGCUGAAGCCAACCACCUCCAUGAAAGUGAUGCUCAAAUUGAAAACUGCAAUAAUAUCGUGGCCAAAGAGAGAAGACUACAGUUUCAUCAGAAAGGGAGAAGUAUGAAUUCCACGGGAUCUGGGAAAAGUAGUGGGACAGUCUCAAGUGUUUCAGAAUUGUUGGAACUUUAUGAGGAAGAUCCUGAAGAAAUUCUUUAUAAUCUUGGAUUUGGGCGAGAUGAACCAGAUAUUGCUUCUAAAAUCCCAUCACGAUUUUUUAAUUCAUCAUCAUUUGCCAGAGGGAUAGAUAUUAAAGUAUUUUUGAGUGCUCAAAUGCAACGGAUGGAAGUAGAAAACCCAAAUUAUGCUUUAACAAGCCGUUUUCGUCAAAUUGAAGUGCUUACUACUGUAGCCAAUGCAUUUUCUUCCUUAUAUUCCCAAGUCUCUGGGACUCCCCUGCAGAGAAUUGGAAGUAUGUCCUCAGUGACCUCAAACAAGGAGACAGACUCACCUCCACCUUUAACUCGAAGUAACACUGCAAAUCGUUUAAUGAAAACACUAUCAAAACUAAAUUUAUGUGUUGAUAAAACAGAGAAAGGAGAAGGUAGCAUGCCUCCCCCGGCAAGUGAAAAAGGGAAGGUUCUAAAUGUCGCAAUGAUUGAAGAAGGUGUUAAUAAAAGUGAUCAAAAGUCUCAAAAAAUUAUAAAGAAGAAAGACUCAUCUUUCUUGUUGGCUACAGUUAAAGAAGAGGCAUCAGGUAGUUCAGCAACUGUUAUGGAUAAUGCUGACAUUAAUAGACUUUAUGAUAAAGCAGAUAGUAACUUCAACCAAGAAACUGAAGGUGAACAAAGUAAAGCAUCUCAAAGUCAUGAGAGUAGACUGGGUGAGGAAUCUGAUAUUAUGAAAUCUGAUUUAAGUAGCAGUGUCAACAUGUCCAGCCACAUUGAGCUAGAAAAUAGCAGUGAGCUGAAAGAUACCCGUGUGUCAACACCUGAAAAAGAGCCUUGUGCACCAUUGACAAACCCAUCCAUAAGAAAUAUAAUGGCACAGCAGAAGGACUCCUUCGAAAUGGAAGAGGUUCAAAGUACAGAAGGAGAGGCUCCUCAUGUUCCAGCCACAUACCAGCUAGGUCUGACAAAAUCAAAAAGAGAUCAUCUAUUACGUACUGCCAGUCAGCAUUCUGACAGCAGUGGUUUUGCUGAAGAUCCGACAGACUGCCUCUCCCUUAAUCAUCUUCAGGUUCAGGAGCCCUUGCAAGCCAUGGGGAGUAGUGCUGACAGUUGUGACAGUGAGACAACAGUCACAUCAUUUGGUGAAGACCUAAUCACACCAACAGCACAAGACCAGCCUUAUUUUAAUGAAUCUGAGGAGGAGUCUGUUGUCCCUCUUCUAAAGGGAAGAGAGAAGGUAGUGACAAGUGCUGACCAAAGCAAGUUAGAUAGCCAGAAUUUUCCCAAACAUGAGACUGUCGAGGCUAAUGGAAAUGAACAGUCCACCCGUCAUCAAGAGGACUGCAUGACUGAAAUCACUGAAUCUCAAAAGGAUUUGUCUCCAUCCCAGAGAGUUGAGCUACCAAGGGAAGAAAGUGCUGAAAGUGAUGUGGAUAAAAUCAGUGAAUAUGAAUUUGUCCAGUAUACCACACACCAUAUUCUUAAAUCAUUGGCGUCUAUUGAAGCUAAAUGCAAUGCUAAGGGUUCUGAAGAUACUGUGGUGCCUACUCCCUCUUCUGUGGACAAAGUUAAUACAGCUUUGCAAAGAGCUCAAAUGAAGGUUCAUGGUCUGUCUGGUCAAAGAGUAGGACGUAGCCUGAUAAAAUCGAAAGAUCUAUUAAAACAGAGGUACUUAUUUGCAAAAGCUGGCUAUCCUCUAAGAAGGUCUCAAUCUUUACCAACCACAUUAUUGAGUCCAGUAAGGGUUGUGUCUGCUGUCAAUGUUCGCUUGUCUCCAGGAAAAGAGACCAGAUGCAGUCCACCUUCCUUCACCUACAAGUACACACCUGAAGAAGAGCAGGAAUUAGAAAAAGAGGUGACUGAGCAGGAUGGCCAGUCUCUAGUUAAAUCCACUAUUUUCAUCUCUCCAUCAUCUGUGAAGAAAGAAGCCUCCCAGAGUGAGGUGAACCGGCUCGAGGAGUGCCGUCAUCGAAGGACUCCCACCUGCUCAUUUUCUGCUCCAGCACCCAUAUCGCAGUCCUCCUGCUCCCUUCAUUCUGCCCACUCUGAAUGGCAGGAGAGGCCCCUGUGUGAGCACAUGAGAACUCUAAGCACUCACAGUGUCCCCAACAUAUCUGGUGCCACCUGUAGUGUCCUCUCUUCCCCGUUUGGAUGUCCUUACUUACAUAGACAUGCUGCCUACCCUUACCGGGUGUGCUCUGUGAACCCUCCUUCUGCCAUUGAAAUGCAGCUGCGAAGAGUGCUGCAUGAUAUUAGAAACUCACUGCAGAAUCUUUCACAGUACCCUAUGAUGAGAGGACCUGACCUUGCUGCUGCUCCAGACAGGACUCAGAAAUCAUCUGUUCUACCUCUGUAUGAAAAUACUUUUCAGGAGCUCCAGGUAAUGAGGCGGAGCCUGAAUUUGUUUAGAACGCAAAUGAUGGAUUUAGAAUUGGCAAUGCUGCGUCAGCAAACCAUGGUUUAUCAUCAUAUGACUGAAGAGGAGAGAUACGAAGUUGAUCAGCUCCAGAGCUUGAGGAAUUCAGUCCGAAUGGAACUCCAGGACCUGGAGCUGCAGCUGGAGGAGCGCCUGCUGGGCCUGGAGGAGCAGCUUCGUGCCGGGAGGGCGCCCUUGCCCUUCUGCUCCUCAGCACUGGUGGGCAUGUGUGGCAGUAGAAGCGCUGAUAACUUGUCAUGCCCUUCUCCAUUGAAUGUAAUGGAACCAGUCACUGAAUUGAUGCGGGAACAGUCAUAUCUGAAGUCUGAAUUGGGCCUGGCGCUUGGAGAAAUGGGCUUUGAAAUUCCUCCUGGAGAGAGCUCAGAAUCAGUUUUUUCCCAGGCAACAUCAGAGUCAUCUUCUGUGUGUUCUGGCCCCUCUCCUGCUAAUAGAAGAACUGGAGUAAUUUACAGUGACUCAGUGGGCAAACCCAAAACCCAGUUAGUGUCAAGUAAGAAAGUAUUCCGUGCUUCAGUAGCCCUCACGCCAACAGCUCCUUCUAGAUCAGGUUCCAUGCAGACGCCUCCAGAUCUGGAAAGUUCUGAGGAAGUUGGAGCAGCUGAAGAAGGCUCAGAGGCUGUACGACCUAAAUCUGAAGUAGAAGAAGGGCAUGGAAAUAGCCCAUUAAUGCCAGCUGCUGAGGAAAUGCAUAAAAAUGUGGAACAAGAUGAGUUGCAGCAAGUCAUACGGGAGAUUAAAGAGUCUAUUGUUGGGGAAAUCAGACGGGAAAUUGUAAGUGGGCUUUUGGCAGCAGUAUCUUCAAGUAAAGCUUCCAAUGCUAAGGAAGACAAAUAGUCAUUAAAUAGAAUUUACAGGUUGACGUGGAUUCGUAUUAGCAUAUUGGAGUUAUCAAUGGUAUACACUGGGGGAGGUGUUAUUUGUGCUUCAGAAGAUACUUGCUGCUGAGCUGGGCUACUGUGUAAAUGUACAAUGUUUAUUUCUUCUAUGCAUAUCUUUUAAAAUACGUAGAAACAUAGGCACUUUGCUGACCAUUCUUUUCUAAACUAUCAAAACUGUAGCAGUUUGAAAACCUAAUAUUUAUUUGUAUGUCAAUAUUUUCUAAUUGAUUCCCUAUGUAGAAUUAAUUUUAAAACUUGAAGACUUCCAGACUUAACCAACUUAUAAAUAACAUAUUUCUUCAGAAUAGCUUCUUAAAACACUGACCUCUAUGAGGUAUUUACUGUGCAAUAACUGAUUCCUUUUUUGAGAGCUUGAAGCAACCAAUGAUUUUCCCUUCCACUGCUGUUAAUUAGUGUCACUUCCAAGAAGAAAACGUGUUCUGUUGUAAAAAUUGAUAUUCAUUCUUGAGGAGGUUACUAAUAGCAGUAUGACAGAAUUAUAUGAGGUUACCUACAACUACUUAAUGUUCUUACACUGUAAGCCUUGUUACUUUACCCGAGACAAAUGUAAUUUUAUUAUAGCUUUUGUAGUAUUUUUCUUUGGGAAAUAUGCCUUAUGUUAAACACUAUGUACUAUUUGCCCUGUUCAGACUUUUUUAUUAUAAGGGGAGGUUUCUUCUGUCUUUUAGACAAAAUAGUAGAGUAUUGCCAAAAUAAUGGGGCCUAUAACUCGAAUGGGUAGAAAUGAUUAAGCUGGUUUUGUCUUUUCAAAAUGAAACUAAUUUAGAUUUGUUCUCUUUAUCCAUAAAUGGUUUGACUUCAGUUAUGACCAGUGAAAAAUUUUUCUUUUUUUAAUGGAAAAAAGAAAAAGAAAAAAGGAAAACUGUGUCCUGUUUGGUUUUUAUAUGUGUUAAAUAGAAUAUGUAAAGUAACAACCAAAUGUUAUUGGCAUUAUUCUUUGCGCAUUUAUAGUUUUCAACUCAUAUUAUGUUUCUUUGUGUGUAAAAUUUUAAUCAAAAGUGUUUGAGAUGUUAACAGUAUUCUUUGAAAGAAUAUCUAAAGGUCUAUGAAUGUUUGAAUUAUCACACAAAGGCUGAUUUCUAAAAAAAAAAAAAAAAAAAUUAAAACAAUAAAGUAUUUAUUUUGCC